UUUGUAGGUACAUGUGCACGUGGUGAUAUAUAGUGCAGUAGCAGCUGCUGGUCUCACUCUCAGUACCUCGCUUUGAAGUCGUUUUAGUUUCAUUCACCCACCCCUAAAUGGAUCAUCUGCUAUUAUUCACGGUUGCCAUAUUGACGCUGUGUUCAGCUCAACUUCCAUCCUUCAAACAAGAGUUUAUUUACGAGGAUGAGCUGAAAUGUACCACUUGCAGACUUGUUGUUGAUGAAAUCUCCUUCAAAUUCGAAAAAGUCAAUCCUAAAGCUAAGAUAGAGACUGGUCAGUCUGGAAUCACACCAGAAGGAGAGUACAAACAAAAGAAGAUUCCCUAUCUUCUCAGUGAUUCUCAUAUAACGGAAAUAUUGGACCUUGUCUGUGAUAACAGUUGGCACUACGUCCAGAUGGGUUACGAUCCUAUUAACAAGAUGCCUCAUAUCCAACGUAUGAACAGUUUGCGGGGUGAUCCCGUCGACUUGGACGGCAGUAAGAUUAAUAUCCAGGAUAAAGAAGUCACUCCUGACAAAAUAAAGCGUGCCUGCUUUUCUUUUGUGGAAAAGUACGAGGACGAGAUAGUGGAAGUGUUCGUGAAGCUUGUGCAGAGUAAGAGUUUUGUCGAGAAGAGGAAGAGUCCUCUGAAGAAAGCCCUGAAAAGGCUUUGUAAUGAUAAAGAUUUCUGUUCUCCGGACUUCCACAAGACGCUUGCAAAGACCGAAUUGUAAGGGCAUUGAAAAAGAUAUUCAAAAUAUAAACUCAGCUCAAAUUUGUUCACUGUUAACUUAUUUAUUUGAGAUUAAUUAAGUUCAUAUUCUAAUCACUAACGAUAUAUAUCAUAUUUUUAAAUUAAAUGGAGGGUUUAAGUUUAUUAUGUUCAAAUAGAGCAAGUGUUUGGAAUCGAAUACACAACUUUCAUAUUAAGUUAUUGUACUAUUGAUCAAGUUUUGGCUUUUCUUCCAUUGUGAUUUCAUAUUGAAAUCAAUUAUUUCCAUUCUUCAUAAUCAUACAAGCGCCACUACAAUCUUAUUGAAUAUAUCAUACUAUAUUGAAGAUAACAUCGAUGAUAUGCUGCUCAAAUAUAGUUGUCAGUGCAGCUGCGUAUUUGGUAUUGUUUACUCAUAGUUUAUAAUGUAGUUACAAAA